GAUGCCGGGGGGUAAACGAGGCUUGGUGGCACCUCAGAACACGUUUUUGGAGAACAUCGUCAGGCGUUCAAGUGAAUCAAGUUUCUUGCUGGGGAAUGCACAGAUUGUGGACUGGCCUGUAGUGUAUAGUAAUGAUGGUUUCUGUAAACUUUCUGGAUACCACAGAGCUGACAUCAUGCAGAAGAGUAGUACAUGCAGUUUUAUGUAUGGUGAACUGACGGACAAGAAGACGAUUGAAAAAGUUAGGCAGACAUUUGAUAACUACGAGUCAAACUGUUUUGAAGUCCUCUUGUACAAGAAGAGCAGAACUCCGGUUUGGUUUUAUAUGCAAAUUGCACCAAUACGGAAUGAGCACGAAAAGGUUGUGUUAUUUCUUUGUACUUUCAAAGAUAUAACCUUGUUCAAACAACCAAUUGAGGAUGAAUCGACAAGAGGAUGGACAAAGUUUGCUCGUUUAACUCGGGCUUUAACAAGCAGCCGCAGUGUUCUACAUCAGCUGACUCCUAUGAACAAAACAGAAGUGGUCCACAAACAUUCCAGAUUAGCUGAGGUUCUGCAGUUAGGCUCCGAUAUCCUUCCUCAGUACAAGCAAGAAGCACCAAAAACCCCACCACACAUUAUAUUACAUUACUGUGCAUUCAAGACCACCUGGGACUGGGUCAUCCUCAUUUUGACUUUCUACACAGCAAUCAUGGUACCCUACAAUGUCUCUUUUAAGACGAAACAGAACAACAUUGCCUGGCUGGUGUUGGACAGCGUAGUGGAUGUUAUCUUUCUGGUGGACAUUGUGUUGAACUUUCAUACAACUUUUGUUGGCCCAGGCGGAGAGGUCAUUUCAGACCCUAAACUAAUAAGAAUGAACUAUUUGAAGACAUGGUUUGUAAUAGACCUGCUGUCUUGUUUACCCUACGACAUCAUCAAUGCCUUUGAAAAUGUGGAUGAGGGUAUCAGCAGCCUUUUCAGCUCCUUGAAGGUAGUACGGCUUCUGAGGUUGGGCCGUGUUGCCAGAAAGCUGGACCAUUACCUGGAAUAUGGUGCUGCAGUGCUAGUUCUCCUGGUCUGCGUGUUCGGUCUCGUUGCUCACUGGUUAGCUUGCAUCUGGUACAGCAUUGGAGACUAUGAAGUCAUUGACGAAGCGACCAACACAAUCAAGAAUGCCAGCUGGCUUUACCAGUUGGGAAUAAGCAUUGGUAAUCCAUAUCGCUAUAAUGCCAGUGGCUCAGGGCAGUGGGAAGGUGGACCUAGCAAGGACUCUUUGUACAUAUCUUCUCUAUACUUUACCAUGACAAGCCUUACAACUAUUGGAUUUGGAAACAUUGCUCCAACAACCGAUGGAGAGAAGAUUUUUUCAGUUGCAAUGAUGAUGGUUGGCUCACUCCUAUAUGCAACUAUUUUUGGAAAUGUGACCACCAUUUUCCAGCAAAUGUAUGCCAACACCAACCGCUACCACGAGGUGCUGAACAAUGUACGUGACUUCCUGAAGCUUUAUCAGGUCCCCAAAGGCCUCAGUGAGAGGGUCAUGGAUUAUAUUGUAUCAACGUGGUCCAUGUCAAAGGGCAUCGACACAGAAAAGGUUCUUGGAAUAUGUCCCAAGGACAUGAGAGCGGACAUCUGUGUACACCUGAACAGGGAAGUGUUUAACGAGCACCCUGCUUUUCGUCUGGCCAGUGACGGCUGCCUGCGUGCUUUGGCGGUGGAGUUUCAAACCAUCCAUUGUGCUCCCGGAGACCUCAUCUACCAUGCUGGUGAAAGUGUUGAUACUCUGUGCUUCGUUGUGUCAGGAUCGCUGGAAGUCAUCCAGGAUGAGGAGGUGGUAGCCAUCCUAGGUAAAGGUGAUGUGUUCGGAGACGUGUUCUGGAAAGAAACCACUCUUGCUCAUGCUUGCGCCAAUGUUCGAGCACUGACGUAUUGCGAUCUACACAUCAUUAAACGGGAAGCUUUGUUAAAAGUUCUGGACUUCUAUACAGCAUUUGCUAAUUCUUUCUCCAGGAACCUCACGCUGUCCUGUAACUUGAGGAAGCGGAUUGUGUUCCGAAAAAUCAGUGAUGUCAAGAAAGAAGAAGAGGAGCGUCAGCGGCAGAAGAAUGAAGUGACCCUUACUAUCCCCGUAGACCACCCUGUACGGAAGCUCUUUCAGAAAUUUAAACAGCAGAAAGAAUUACGAAACCAGGGCUCGACGCACACUGACCUGGAAAGGAACCAGCUCCAAGUUCAGAAUCGUUCCAUGCACAAUGGAGCUGUCAUUACUGGCACUAGUGUUGUAACCGUGUCCCAGAUAACUCCCAUUCAGACAUCUCUUUCUUACGUUCGAACCAGUGAGUCUUUGAAACAGAACAACAGGGAUGCGAUAGAGUUGAAGCCAAAUGGUGGCAGUGACCCAAAUUGUCUUAAGGUUACUAGCCCCAUACGCGUCAAGAACGCUAAUGGCAAGGGUUGGCUGAGAUUAAAGAACAACACGCAGGCCCACGAGGAGAAAAAAGAGGACUGGAAUAAUGUCACAAAGGCAGAAUCCAUGGGUUUGUUGACAGAUGACCCAAAAUCAAUUGACCCUGAAAACGGGGUGUCUAAAAAUCCCUUGAGGAAAACAGACUCAUGUGAUAGCGGAAUAACAAAAAGUGACCUUCGGUUGGACAAAGCAGGGGAAACACGUAGCCCGCUUGAACACAGCCCGAUUCAAGCUGAUGCAAAGCACCCUUUUUAUCCUAUCCCUGAACAGGCCUUACAGACCACUCUGCAAGAAGUCAAACAUGAGCUUAAGGAGGAUAUUCAAUCUUUGAGCUCUCGCAUGUCAGCCCUUGAACAGCAGGUGGCAGAAAUCCUAAAACUAUUAUCGGAAAGGAAAACACCCCCAACGCCCCCCAAAACUCCAUCCAGCCCCCUUCAGAUACCAUGUCAGGAUAUUUUUAGUGUUUCCAGGCCGGUAACCCCGGAUUCUGAAAAAGACGAGAUACAUGUAUAACAUAUAUUGUAUAUGCGUGAGUGGGUGUAUGGGUGCAUAGAUGCACACGUCCAGUAGGCAUAUAUAUGGAUAUAUGCAGUAGUAAAUAAUUUUAAAGCGCAUUGUUCACUCUAAGCCGAUUGAACUGGAAUGACUAUGAUAAACAUGGAUCUUCAUUCCAUUCUGUGAGGUUGCACUGGAUACCAGUUUCUCUUUG